AUGGUUCGUUCACACAGCCUCAAUUACCCUUCAAGUACUGAGCAUUGCGAAAAAGCAAAUAUCAAAGAGGAACUUGAGUGCAGCAAAUGCUAUCCAUGUAUGAGUUCAAGAAUGUCAUCAGAAGGAGAAGAUAGUAGUAAGAGUGAAGAGGGAGGGAAAGCGGGGGCGGGGGCGGGGGCAGAAGGUAAAGAUGAUGCGGAUAAGGAUGGAGGGAAUGGUUGGGGUCAGCGCCGCACCUUGUGCUUACUGAGUGCAGUAACUCUGCACAGAGCAAAGCGUCCAUGUAUAGUACCAGAUUUCGAUCGUACCGUCUCUUCAUCUCUGUUUAGUCUGCUGCUCACUCCUGUUCCUCACAGAAGCACUGCACAAGUAAUGAUGACAAGUGCGCAGCAGUCUGUUUUGAAAUCUGUUUCCGAUAAGCCGAGAAAAUGCAUAUUUUGCAGAUAUGCGCAAGAUGAAAUCUUGCAGUAUGUCCAACUUUCUGCCGAUGAAGAUUACUGCAUUCCAUCUACUGUGAAAUGUUAUUCAGAACGAUAUGUUCGCUGUCAGCUGUCAUUCGAAGAUCCUCAAGUAGACAAAUUGUUUCGAGAAACAAAUGACGUUAUGUUUGAAUUAUACGAUUAUUUGACACUAAAGUUGGAAGCCAUGUUUCAUGGGAAGUCGCAUUUGUUUCCUCAGUUGUUUACAAAAGAAUGGGAGAACUACUAUUCUUCUCUCUGUCCUGAGAAUGAUUUGAAAGAGAGGCGAAGAAAUAAUAUGGAUAUCGCAGAAUUUGAGGAAGACCAGUUUCAAGUGAAAUCUGAUGAUAGACUGAAUAACAAGAAGGACAAAAAAUUUGAAAGUGAAGAAAAGCGAAACCGAAAACGGAUACAGCGUGUUGAUAAAAAUGAGAAAUCGAAAAAAAUGAAAUGUAAUUGA